CAGCAUUUUCUCUGAAGUACUAGUUGAACUGUUGAACUUAUAAACAACGAUCCAUUACUAUCUAGUUGAUCUGCAAAUUGAGUUGACAUCAUUUGGUUUUUGUGGCCAAAAGAUGGAGGGACGAAACACAGUCGAUUUUGAUGAAGAGGCCAUCUUCCCUUUACUUAAAAGAGGAAGUUGUGAUACUGAAAAUGCUGAGACUGAAAAGAUUGGUAGUCCUGCUCCUGCUCAUAAUCUCACACCUGCGGUCAUAUUCAGCACUUCGGUUUCUGUCUUGGGCUCCUUUUCUUUUGGAACAGGAGUGGGAUUUUCAUCUCCUGCUCAAUCUGCAAUAAUGCAUGAUCUAGGCCUUUCCAUAGCUGAGUAUUCCAUGUUCAGUUCAAUACUAACACUUGGAGCAUUGUUUGGUGGAAUACUGAGUGGCAAGAUAGCAGAUAUCAUUGGGAGGAGAUAUGCAAUGUGGUUCUCACAAGUGUUAUGCGCGGCAGGAUAUCUUGUAAUUUCAUUUUCGAAGAGCGCUUUGUGGCUCGAUAUCGGAAGGAUUUCAACAGGAUUUGGAAUUGGGAUUUUGUCAUAUGUGGUACCUGUAUAUAUAGCAGAGAUAACACCUAAAAAUGUUCGAGGAGCAUUUACAGCUAUCAAUCAGGUUUUGGUAUGCACUGGCCAUUCAACGAUGUUUGUAAUUGGAAAUUUCAUCCACUGGCGAAUCUUGGCUUUAAUUGCAACCAUUCCAUGCCUGCUACAGUUGCUAGGCGUUUUCUUCAUUCCGGAGUCUCCAAGGUGGCUGGCUAAGAUCAAUAGGUGGAAAGAAUGUGAAAGUUCUCUGCAGCGCCUUAGAGGAGCUAAUGCUGAUGUUUCAGGAGAAGUCGCGGAAAUUAGAGACCAUACAGAAACCCUGAAACAAUUAUCGAACUCUAAUUUGACUGACUUGUUCGACAGAAAAUAUGCUCACGCACUGAUUGUGGGACUAGGAGUAAUGGGAUUGCAACAAGCUGGAGGGAUCAAUACCAUUGCAUAUUAUGCAAGUGAAACUUUUGAGUCAGCUGGUUGUUCUGCUGCCGCGGGGAGUAUCGCGGUGGUGGUUGUUCAGCUUCCAAUGACCAUUUUGGGGAGUCUCCUCCUGGAUAAAUCAGGAAGGGUACCAUUAAUCAUGGCUUCUGCAGCUGGAUCAUGCUUGGGUUGGUUUUUAUUGGGAUCGUCAUUCCUAUUAAAGGACCUACGACUAUCGAAGUCCAGUCCAUUUUUGGCAUUCAUCGGUGCACUGGUAUUUGAAGGAUCUUAUUCACUUGGAAUGGGAGCAAUUCCUUGGGUCAUAAUGGCAGAGAUAUUCCCCAUAAACGUGAAGGGUUUAGCUGGAAGCCUGGUGACAGCAGAAAGCUGGCUAGGUUCUUGGAUAAUUUCAUAUUCUUUCAAUUUCCUUGUACAGUGGAUUGGCUCUGCAGGGACAUUUUUUAUGUUUUGCAUCAUCAAUGGUUUUGGUCUGGUAUUCAUUAAAAAAUUUGUUCCAGAGACCAAAGGUCGUACGCUGGAAGAAAUUCAGGCAUCCUUGGUAUUGUUUACAAGCAAGAAUUGAACAUUUGAAUUCAUUUAUUAUUGUUAUUGCAGGAUUUGUUAUAUUUUGUUUCCAAAGUCUAUGUUGUACUGUGAAGCUAAAUUUGUCUGACGAUACAAAGAAUUUGACAGAGGCCUAAGUGACUACUGCUUGUCAUUCUUUGCAUCAGAUAUAAAUGCCAGCAGCACCUUUAAUAGAUAUAUUGAAAAUGUUCGGAUUUUAAUACAUCCAUCUCUAGAUCCAUCUGUAUCUA